AAGAAGAGAAUGAGUGUGACCUCUGAGGAGCACCUAUAUUCACAGUAUGGGAGUACUCUUUUUUGAGAUUCUGCUGUUGGUGUGUUUGUGGAGCUGCUGUUACAUCGCUGGACUCCAGCAUGAAGGAAAUAUUACCAUCUAUGGCAUGUUUCCUCUCCAUAAUGUAGGUGCCACUGUCUCGACUAUACCUCAGCUGGAUGACUGUAACCGAGGAACUGAAAACAGCCAUGGCUACUACUUGGUGCAGGCUAUGCGCUAUGCUGUGGCGGAGAUCAACAACGACACUCGGCUCCUGCCUGGUGUCAUUCUAGGCUACCAGACGUAUGACACUUGCUCGCUUCAAGCUAGUAUCCUGGGCACGGUGACUCUCUUAGCUCAGCAGUAUAACCGAGUGAAAGUGAAGAAUGGAGCGAUUGCUCUCAUCGGACCAGACAGCAGCAGCUAUAGCUUCACUCCAGCUGCUGCACUCGGUAGCUUUUUGAUGCCUGAGAUCUCAUAUGAAGCUUCAAAUGAGCUCCUGAGUAACAGGCAGCUGUACCCAUCUUUCUUUCGUACCAUUCCCAGUGAUAAAAACCAGGUGAAAGCCAUGCUCGAGAUUCUCAUAAGAUACAACUGGACCUGGAUCGCCCUUCUCGGCAGUGACAAUUCAUACGGCUUGCAGGGAAUGUUGAGCUUGUCGCAACAAGCCUCGGGUUACAGUAUUUGCAUCGCAUAUCAAGCAGUGAUUCCAAGCCUCACAGCUGACACCCAGCAGCGGAUGCAGAACAUUGUCAAAAAUAUCAUUAAAACCAAAGUGAAUACUAUAGUAGUGUUUUCCAGCAAGAGAAUAGCCAGAGGGUUUUUCCCCUUUGUAAUAGAACAGAAUGUGACGGGGAAGGUGUGGAUCGGCUCCGAGGACUGGUCAGUGGCAACCUUGGUGUCUCAAAUCCCAGGGAUCAGUACAAUUGGAACUGUCCUGGGUGUAUCUGUAAAAUACGUCAAUUUUAAUGGGUUCCAAGAUUUUGUGAAACAGGCCAUAACUAAGCCUACAAGCAACAGUGUGAGUGAAAUGAGUAUCCCAUGCUUACAGGAUUCGUACCUAUACGGAAUGGCACAAUAUCCUCUGUCAGAAUAUGAUAUUGCCUCUUCGUUUAACGUGUAUCGGGCAGUAUAUGCAGUGGCUCAUGCAUUACACCAGGCUCUCAGGUGUGAUUAUGAAAAAUGUCAAAACACCAAAAUACAGCCAUGGCAGCUCUUGCAAUAUUUGAAGCAAGUACGGCUUUCCAUCAGAAACACAACAUUAUUUUUUGAUCAGUACGGAAACCCACCAACAGGAUAUGAUAUUGUCACGUGGCUAUGGAGUAAUAAAACAUGGUCCCUCAAAAUGGUGGGAUCAUUUAUUUCAGAGCCACCUAGUAUUCAGGUCGACGCUUCACAGAUACAGUGGAUGCCUGAGUCACGUUGUUCCCCAGAAUGUCCAUAUGGGAACAGACAACUGCAGAUUGGACAACACAAAUGCUGUUUCAAGUGCAUAGAAUGUCCAGCUUUCACUUUCCUCAACAAAACUGGUUCUACCAGCUGCCAGCCUUGCAACAAAGAUCAGUGGUCUCCAUCUGGGAGUGAGGACUGUCUACUGAGGACAGUUCUGUACCUGCAAUGGGAAAGUCCUUUGGCCAUUGCUCUCCUGGUCCUUCUGACACUGACCCUUCUGCUCACCCUGAGCACUGCUCUUAUCUUCCUUCUCAACUUGAGCACCCCUGUUGUAAAGUCUGCAGGUGGUAAGACAUGUCUGCUUAUGCUGUUGUCUCUGACCGUAGCUGCCUGCAGCUCAUUGUGCCUUUUCAGCAAGCCAUCUCAAGCGUCCUGUAUCUUCAGAAAGUCCCUCUUCAUCUUCAGUUUCAACAUCUGCCUGACCUGCAUGACUGUCCGUGCCUUCCAGGUGGUGUGCAUAUUCAAGUGGUCUGCAAAACUUCCCAAGUUCUACGAUACCUGGGCCAAAAAUCGAGGUCCUGAUAUCUUCAUCCUGGUCACCUCUUUGGCUGAGUUCUUCAUCUGUGUUUUCUGUACAAGCUUAAAUACACCCCAUCCUUCAGCAGACUAUGUCUUCUACUUUGACAGCAUUGUAUUAGAGUGCAGUAACACUAUGGUUGUAGUGCUCCCACAAAUUCUGUAUAUGUCUAUACUGACUGUAAUAUGUUUUUGCUUGAGCUACAUGGGUAAAGACCUACCAGCAAAUUACAGUGAGGCCAAGUGCAUUACAUUCAGCCUGAUGAUCUAUAUCAUCUCCUGGAUCACUUUCUUCACCACCUAUAGUGUUAAUAGAGGAACUUUAUCUAUGGCCUUGGAGGUGGUUGCUGUCCUUUUUAGUGUGCUUGGAAUACUUGGUGGAUACUUUUUUCCUAAAGUGUACAUCAUUACAUUACAACCGAAAAAGAAUACCACUGCCCACUUUCAAAACUGUAUUCAAAUGUAUACCAUGGCUAAACAGUGAAACUCCAGCUAUAACAUAUUUAGAAAUAUAAAUAAUUUAGAAACAGUAGAUAUAUAAAAUCCUAUUGUAAUGGCAGCUGGUUCUCUUUGUCUUUUUUCCCCCCUACUUUAUCUGCUUGACAUGUGCUUAGGUCCUUUAUAGUAUAAGGCAAAUUGAAUUAAGAGAUGAAUAAAACA